AUGGUCGGAAAGAAGUCGGGUAAGGCCCUUCGGGAUGAGGGCCUGGAGCGCACCGAUAACAACAUGGAACUAUCCAGUUGGCCCCAGAUUCCCGCGAUCAACCAGAAGAACUACUACACUGACUACCUGAAGCGUGACGACCAGAACCUGGCCUUCCGACUGCAAAAUGAGGAGGCUAGAACGAGAAUGACCAAGAAGGCAAAGGACCACGACCGUGCCAUGGCAAUGGCCAAGCCUGAGAAUGCGGAAGGCGAGACCGAGGCAGACGGUGAUGCCAACAUGGAGGAUGCAGAGGAGACACCAGCUGAGAUGGCUGGCUCCAAGGUUAUUGUUAUCCACAUGGGCAGUCAGAACCUCCGCAUUGGACUUGCGAGUGAUGCGCUACCGAAAACCGUGCCCAUGGUGAUUGCGCGGAAAUCAGCGACUAGCGAAUCUGAAGACUAUGCAGAGCCCAAGCCGAAGAGGUUCAAGGCCGAGGAUGAGUCCGAGCUAGAGCCAGAGAAGGCUUUUGGAUCCGAGUGGUCCUCUCAGUUCAACCGGAUGUCUGCAGAGUUGAAGGUCCAUAUGCGACAGAACAAGCGACGGAUGCUUCCUAACUCCAAGGAAAUGGUGGUGAACUACAACCGCAGGACAGUACCGGAGAUUAUCUCUGAACACAACGACCCAAUGCGUGUCGAAUGGACCGAGCUCUCGAAUCCUCCACCAGAGUAUGUUGUUGGGCAGCCGGCGCUGAGAAUCCCCGAUGCAUCGAGCCCUCGAUACAAGCUCUACUGGCCAAUCCAAAAUGGCUGGUGCAAUGAGAAAGACUAUGAAAGCAAGAGGAUGCUUUUUCUAGAUAUCUCACUGAUCCUGGAAGACGCUAUCCAGAACCAACUGGGCUUGACCAGUAAAAAGGACUGGACACAAUACUCGUGUGUAUUCGUCAUCCCAGACCUUUACGACAAGGCCUAUGUCACCCAAGUUCUCGAAAUGUUGAUGCGGGAGUUUGCAUUUUCUCGGGUGUGUUUCAUUCAAGAAAGUCUGGCAGCCACCUUUGGUGCCGGCUUCACCUCAGCCUGUGUGGUCGACAUUGGAGCACAAAAGACCUCCAUCUGCUGUGUGGAAGAAGGCAUGUGCAUUGAGAACUCGCGGGUCAACUUGAAGUUUGGCGGUCAAGACAUGACGGAAGCCUUUGUCAAGAUGAUGCUGCACGAUCACUUCCCCUAUGCCGAUAUCAACCUACGGCGCAGACACGACUUCCUUUUGGCCGAAGAGCUGAAGAAGAACAUCUGCACUAUGAAUGAAGCGAGCGUCUCUCCCCAAGUCUUCGACUUCCACCUUCGUGUGGCGGGCCAAGAUACACGAAAGUACUCAUUCAAGGCCUUUGACGAAGUUCACCUUGCACCAAUGGGUGUCUUCGAGCCCAGUAUCUUCGAUAACGAGCAUAAGAUUGAUGGGCGACGGACUUUGAUUGGCCGAUCCGCUGAUAUCUACGAUGGACAAUCAAACGAUCCUACUUCUGCUGCCCAGUCAGAAAUCUUGACAGCUAUUGCUCCUCCCUUGCCCAAGACCAAUGGAGAAUCUAACUCAGCUGAUGUUCAAGCUACACCUAGCCGGCCCCAGCAUCCCACUGCCGUUAGCAAGCUUCAAGAGCUCGAGGGUACUCCCCGGUCUUCCGUUGCCGGCUCUCCUGUUCCCGAGAACACGGGAACUCCCCAGGCAGGCGGAAUAAGCACACCCGCGGCAGCUCCAUCACAGACUCCUCGUCCCCCAGCCGUGGAAGAACGGGAUGAUAUCAUGCCAGUCUUCGCCCUGGACAACGCCAUCCUGACAUCUAUCGCACACGCCGCUCGUUCCGACGAGAAGAAGAUGCGCGACUUCAUCGGCGGUAUAAUGGUAGUCGGCGGCGGCAGUCUGACAGCUGGAUUCCACUUGUUCCUGGAAGAGCGCCUGCAAGCUCUCCGUCCUGGCUUCGCCAAGGAGAUCAUGAUUGGAACACCGCCUCGAGAUUUGGACCCCCAGGUUGUUGUUUGGAAAGGUGCCAGCAUUUUUGGCAAGUUGAACGCCACAAACGACAGCUGGAUCGGGCGAUUGGAGUAUGAUCGACUUGGGCCCCGGUUGAUGGCUUACAAGUUCCCUUUCUACAAAACCGCAUCGGACGACAGGAUGUCCAAGUCUAAAGAUGGACAGUCCUCUGGGAGCUUCCACCAGGACUACAUUGCCUCACUGCGCUAUCGCAAUGACCUCCCUCCUCCGGAUAUGCCCCCCAAGUUCCUCGAUAUCCCGCACGAGGGCUUGAGCCGCUUCCUCACACCCGGAUUUGCAUCAAACUUGGCGCGUCGCGAGGAGCCCAAUAUCGAUGUCGAUGCUGAAGGCGGAAUGCCCAUUGACCUGGUUGGUAUUCCGGGCUUACACUUGGGCGAUGAGAGUGCUAUCAUGGCCCCCGAAAACCCUCAGCCUAUCGACCCUGCUGAUCUCCCACUCCUUAUGAGCAUCGAACAACUCCGAAACCCCGUCCAAAAGAAUACCAAUGUUAGCUUCCUUCGCCGCACACAGCAUAUCUCCGUCGACCGCACCGCUGGGGCCGGCGCCGCUGCGCCCGCCAAAGCGCAAUCACGGCCCACUAAGAAAGGAAAGCCUUCGGUCGAUGACCCUAAGCACGUCAAGAAGUUCAUCACAAAAGGAUUCGAUAUUGCCUACCCGCAGAGCAAGCACACUGGAGAGGAUACUGAGGAUCGCGUCCGAGGCCUUCCUCCCACCAAGGCGGAGGUAGAUGCCUGGGCAAACCCAGUACACCCUGAUAACCCCAAGCUUAAGCCAGUCGGCUUCUUCCCUGUCAUGCCUGACCUAGAAGGUUUCCCCGAGCCAGGCGGUUUCCUUCAAUUCAAGUUCGACAAGGCGCCUGUGGCAGCCGUCGCAGGCAAGCGGGACAAGCGCAUGGAGGUCGGCCUGCUGAGUCCAGCAGCACCCGAGCAACGUAUUGUUCACGAGCACGAGUCCAAGGUGGCUCUUCACGAGACGAACCCUAAUAUCUACCCUCACCCUGGCCCAGUACCCUUCGACUACCGCCUAUUCCUACCCGAGAAGGCCGAUGCCCUCAAGAAGAUCCACACAAGCAUGAGCUUGACACAUCCAGACCGACACGACCCAGAACUCUACACCCACGAAGCCGACGGCAACAAAUACCACCGCUACGAUCGUGCCAAAACCUAUGCAACAAGUGCCCAGACCUUCAACAACGAACAGAAAGACAUCGCAAUGACCCUCUUCAAGCCCAAAGAUGGCGAUACCAGACAAUUGGCCGCUUACUACUACCCCAUCAUCGGCAAGGCCCGUCUCAAACCCGAACGUGCCCGUACCAUCGCCCAGGCUGGUCUGGCACCUACAUCCACCCAGCAAGAAGAGCCCGAGGAGCAAGUCGACCAGAUGCACGUUACGGUCCGCGAUCCCGACGAGCAAGAGAUCUACAAGCGUGCCACGCACCGCCUGCAGGUCGAUCCUAAGUUCGCGAGUCAAAUGCCGCCUGAACCUACCAUCGUGGAAGAGGAGCAACCAAUCGAGCACGAGGAUGCCGAUAAGCCGGUUGGGGAUACUCAUAUGAGCGAUGACGAGUAG